UCUCACACACACGCACGUUCUGUAGGAGAAUUAUGCUCCUCUUUCUGUAUUGAAGCCUGACCUACUUGUGCUGCGCCGGCCACCAAUGACUGAACCGCCACCCACCACAGACACCGACUCAACUACCAACUCCAACUCGUCCUCCUCCGCCAAGCACAAGCCACCAUACCCCAAGCGCACCAAACCAAACUCCGCCCCCACCACAGCGAACGGCACCAAGCACCCGGUGUACAGAGGAGUGAGAAUGCGGGCAUGGGGCAAGUGGGUCUCCGAAAUCCGCGAGCCCCGGAAGAAGUCCCGCAUCUGGCUUGGCACCUUCUCCACGCCCGAGAUGGCAGCCCGGGCCCACGACGUCGCCGCACUAGCCAUCAAGGGCAGCUCCGCCAUCCUCAACUUCCCCGAGCAAGCCCAGCUCCUCCCCCGGCCCGCCACCAGCUCCCCGCGUGACGUCCAGGCUGCCGCAGCCAAGGCCGCCGCCAUGCACCACCUCCGCCCCGCCCCCGCCCCGCCCUGUGGCUCCUCCGACGAGGAGCUGAGCGAGAUAGUCGAGUUGCCGAGUCUCGGAACGAGUUACGAGUGGGCCAACGAUUUCGUCUACGUCGACUGGGUGGACGCGGAUGCGGAUGGGGUUGGCUGGGGGUACCGCUAUCCUCCCCAGUGGUUGCAAGAAGAAGAGAAUGACGUGUCGAUCCCAGAGACCAUCGCUUCAACCAAUUUCAGUGCCUUCUGUUGGCACUCUUAUUAGUUAAUGCUUGCUUCAGAAAUGGCGUUCCAGUACGAGUUUUUUUAUUAUUAUUAUUAUUUAUUAUUAUUCUUUUUCUUUUGCUUGUUUGUUUUAAGGUUCUAUGUGUAGCCCUUUAAUUUGAUUUUUUUUUCCUUAAUUGUAAUUGAGUUUAGCUUGAUGAAGGGCUAAAUUAAUAAAUUACUUACGUUUUUGUUUUCUUAUUGG